CCGGGGCGGAGACAUCGGGGCCCGGAGGGCGGGCGGUGAUAGGAACGCGGGGGUGGCGGACUUGGGGCUAGCAUGUAGCGGCUGCUGCCGGUGGGGCUCCCGGGGCGGGCCGGGAGGGCCGCGGGGGUUACACGCGGCGACAUGGAGGAGGAGGGCAAGAAGGGCAAGAAGCCUGGAAUUGUGUCGCCAUUUAAACGAGUAUUCCUAAAAGGUGAAAAGAGUAGAGAUAAGAAAGCCCAUGAGAAGGUGACAGAGAGGCGCCCUCUGCACACUGUGGUGCUGUCAUUGCCUGAGCGCGUCGAGCCAGACAGACUGCUGAGCGACUAUAUUGAGAAGGAGGUAAAGUACUUAGGUCAGUUAACGUCUAUACCAGGAUACCUGAAUCCCUCCAGUAGGACUGAAAUCCUGCAUUUCAUAGACAAUGCAAAGAGAGCCCACCAGCUUCCGGGACACUUGACUCAGGAGCACGAUGCUGUACUCAGCCUGUCUGCCUACAACGUCAAGCUGGCCUGGAGGGACGGGGAGGACAUCAUCCUCAGGGUGCCCAUCCAUGACAUCGCUGCUGUCUCCUAUGUCCGGGAUGAUGCCGCACACCUGGUCAUCCUGAAGACAGCCCAGGACCCGGGUAUCUCCCCCAGCCAGAGUCUGUGUGCGGAAAGUUCCAGAGGCCUCAGUGCAGGCUCGCUGUCAGAGAGCGCAGUGGGGCCAGUGGAAGCAUGCUGCCUGGUCAUCCUGGCUGCAGAGAGCAAGGUCGCUGCGGAGGAGCUCUGCUGCCUGCUGGGCCAGGUCUUCCAGGUUGUGUACACGGAAUCCACCAUCGACUUUCUGGACAGAGCGAUAUUUGAUGGGGCCUCCACCCCGACCCACCACCUGUCCCUGCACAGCGAUGACUCUUCGACAAAAGUGGACAUUAAGGAGACCUACGAGGCAGAAGCCAGCACUUUCUCCUUCCCUGACUCUGUGGACAUGGGUGGAGUGUCGCCAUUGUCCUUCUACAUUCGGCCAUCAUCUCAUGGCAAGACAGUCAGUGAGAGUGAGCUGAGCGCGAGUGCCACGGAGCUGCUGCAGGACUACAUGCUGACGCUGCGCACCAAGCUGUCAUCACAGGAGAUCCAGCAGUUUGCAACUCGACUGCAUGAGUACCGCAACGGGGCCUCCAUCCAUGAGUUCUGCAUCAACUUGCGGCAGCUCUAUGGGGACAGCCGCAAGUUCCUGCUGCUUGGUCUGCGGCCCUUCAUCCCUGAGAAGGACAGCCAGCACUUUGAGAACUUCCUAGAGACCAUUGGUGUGAAGGAUGGGCGCGGCAUCAUCACCGACAGCUUCGGCAGGCACCGUCGAGCGCUGAGCACCACAUCUAGCUCCACCACCAAUGGGAACAGGGCUGCAGGCAGCUCCGAUGACCGGUCGGUGCCCUCUGAGGGGGACGAGUGGGACCGCAUGAUUUCGGACAUCAGUAGUGACAUCGAGGCACUGGGUUGCAGCAUGGACCAGGACUCAGCAUGACAGGUGGCAGGCAGGGGAGUACCCUCACCUUCUGCACAGUCAUCCCAGGCCUUCCUGGGAGGAGUGAUUUGACCUGUGUGUCACCCCUUCCACCUGCUGGAGGCUGGGGAGGAGCUCCAGGCACAGGUGGCCCCAGGGCUGGCGCAGAUCCUCCACUGUGAAGGAGCCAGGAGCUGCUGAGGGAUACACCCCAGUGCUAGGUGGAAAGAUCUGAGCCUCGUCCACCGGGGCUCUGCCAAAGCCUGCACCACAUCCCUGUUUGGGGAGGGCUGGGCUGAGCUGGCAGGGAGAGCCACUCCUGUCAGCCAGGGCCCUGGACAGAUGUCAGUUUGCACAUGAUGUUUCCAUGUAACUCUCAGAGACGUUAAAAAGAAGUUUACCACAAUGUGAAUAAUUUAA